GCGGACUGGUUGGUUCGUCGUUGGUUGCUUGGCUGGUUGGUUGGCCACGUUCGUGCGUUUGCCUGCUGCCAGAACACAAACAGUUUGUGCGGCAAUUGCGAAAUGGACGGUUCGUUGUUGCGGAUAAAUGUAUAAAGACGCGAGUGUACUGCCUUGCUUUGGCGAAUUUAUUUUUGUGAAUAUUUAGUGUUUGAAAAUAUUCUAAAAAAAAAAUUUAAGAAACAUUUCUGAAACGCUUAAACAUUUGGCAUUUAAUAAGCGAAAUUUUAAUGAUUUCAUCAAGUUUGAGUGCUGCCGAGCGUGACUCAAGCUGCAUUGCGGCAAGAAAAAAGGCAGAAAAACUGGCUAAAAGCUGCAAUAUAAAGUAGUGUGGCAAGUUUAGAGUUGUAAGAAGCCUGCAAGCAACAUAAAAGCGUAACGUUACAUAAAAGUUGGAAGCAAGCAAAACAGGCAAAGAAUUUAAGUUUUUUACAUCGAAGGGAUUAAAAAAAUUUGAAAAAAAAGAAAUAGUGCAAAAUUUUGAAACAAAACGUCUCUAAGAACCGUUAAAACGAUUUUGAUUGCAAAUAAAAACAACAAACAUCAAACCAUCUGAUAUUAGGCAGUUCAGCAAAAGGCAUACGGCAUCAAUCAUCCUAACAGCUGUUGGAUUGAAAAGUAAACCGCUGCUCCCUCAUCAUCGUAGCAACGUAUUGAACACCUGUGCAUGGGACCGAACCACCCUUUGGGCGACAGUUGCAACUAUUCGCCUCAGGCGCGAAGCUACGAGCACCGCUGGGCAAGCGGAUGCCCACAAAUUUUAGAUGCGCUCGUGAAGUACUUCCGUUAAUUGCUCUUCGCCAACAGUUUACCGUUAUAACAGUGCUCGUGAGUAGCGUUUCGUUGUUGAGUCGCAAAGUUUUCGCCGCAUUAAUUUCGACUUGUACAGCGAAUGUGACACUCGGUUGCUUAUUUCGUUUGCUCGUGGUGCUAUUCACGGUAGUGCGGCUCACUCGGUUGAUUUUGCUAUCGCGUUGGUGUUAGUGUAUCGGUGUAGCGCUAGUCGCGUGUGUGUUUAUUUAACACAAAUCCUGUCGCUCAGCGAACUCAGUUCGGGCUUGAAAUUCGUGAUGUGCGGUUACAAGUUUACGGCUGGCACGCGUCAGCAACGGCGACCAAAUGUUUGAACGAAAUUUUUUCGGAUUUUGAUAAAGUGAAAGCCAAGAAGUUGGGGUAUAUUGUGGUGAUUGUUUCUUUUCGCACCACAAUUCAAAUUAUGUGAAAACAAUAAUCAAAGCAUUAUCUGUACUCGGAUGCAAUAGGAUUUGUAUGCUGGAUGAAGAGCUUCGAAAUACGCGUGUCAAUAGUCUUAAACACGUUAAAAAAGAUACACAAAUCGUUGACAUAAAAUGACUGAGGAAUACUCUAAAACUAAUAUGCAAAGGAAAACGCUCAAUAUCAACUUCGAAUUGCUCAAAACAGCUUAAUAAGGAAAGCAGUGUUUAUGUUUGAAAAUUUAAAAGUAUUCAAUAAGAGAAUUACUAUACAGUUUAGUAGAAGAGAAAAAAAGGACGUGGGCAAAUGUGCGUCAGUGUUUUAAGCGUAACAAAUAAUUGAAAAACCCAAAUUGAUAUUAUCCAUUAUCAGAGGAAAUAUUAAUCUUACUUAAUAACGAAAAUAAAUGAUUUCGAAAAUGUGCAAAGCACACAGCUGGCAUUGCGAUGCCGCAUGGACAACUGUGCCGCGGCUGCUGGCAUCUCUAUUGUUGUUGCUGCUUGUGGAUUACGCAUACUCGGAUUAUGAAAACACAUGGAAUUUGUAUUAUGAACAGCCGUGCUGCUUGGGCUCGCCCAGUGGACAUCACAUACGGCAUCACAGAGAUCAUGUCAAAGAUUUCAGCUGUGGGCCGCUACAUUACAAAACAUUUUACUUCGAUGAAAACAGUAAUGCGCUAUAUGUGGGAGCCAUGGAUCGCAUAUUUCGAUUAAAUCUACAAAAUAUAAGUCAAUCGAUUUGUGAGGUGGAAUGCCGCAACCACAUACGCGUCAUACAGCCGAUGGACUCUGGGGCGCGCUUAUAUGUAUGCGGCACGAAUGCGCACAAUCCAAAAGACUACGUGAUAAAUGCGAACUUAACACAUUUACCCAGAUCCGAGUACGUGCCUGGCAUUGGCUUAGGCAUCGGCAAGUGCCCCUACGAUCCCGCCGAUAACUCCACAGCCGUUUAUGUGGAGAAAGGAAAUCCCUUUGGAUUACCAGCGCUGUAUUCCGGCACAAAUGCUGAAUUUACCAAGGCUGAUUCGGUUAUAUUCCGCUCGGAUUUGUAUAAUUUAACAUCCGGUCGGAAGGAGCACAAUUUCAAGCGCACCGUGAAAUAUGAUUCCAAAUGGCUUGAUAAACCGAAUUUCGUUGGCUCCUUCGACGUUGACGAAUAUGUUUACUUCUUUUUCCGUGAACAUGCCGUCGAGUAUAUUAAUUGCGGCAAAGCUAUCUAUUCGCGUAUAGCACGCGUCUGCAAGAAUGAUCGUGGUGGCAAAUAUAUGAUCAGCCAAAAUUGGGCGACCUACCUGAAGGCGCGCAUCAAUUGCAGCAUCUCGAGCGAAUUCCCAUUUUACUUCAAUGAAAUACAAUCGGUCUAUAAAAUGCCAACAGAUGACACCAAAUUCUAUGCCACCUUCACGACGAACACGCAUGGCAUUGUCGGUUCGGCGGUAUGUAGCUACGAUAUACGCGACAUCAAUGCAGCCUUCGAAGGCAAAUUCAAAGAGCAAGCAACCUCAAACUCAGCUUGGCUGCCGGUACUCAAUUCGAAAGUGCCCGAACCCAGACCGGGCACAUGCACCAACGAUACAGCAGCGCUGCCAGAUUCGGUGUUAAAUUUCAUACGCAAACAUCCGCUAAUGGACAAGGCGGUCGAUCAUGAAUUCGGCAAUCCAGUAUUUUAUAAAAGGGAUAUCAUACUCACCAAGCUGGUGGUAGAUAGAAUUCGCAUCGACAAACUAAAUCAAGAGUAUCUGGUGUAUUUCGUGGGCACCAGCACCGGCCUCAUCUACAAAAUCGUGCAAUUCAUACGCUACGGUCAACGCUUCUCCAAUCUGCUCGACGUGCUGGAGGUGGCCUACAAUGAGCCGAUACGCGAGAUGGGGUUGAGUCAGAAGACGGGCUCAUUGUACUUGGCUACGGAUCACAAUGUGAAGCAAAUCGAUUUGGCGAUGUGCGCCCGCCGCUACGAUUCGUGUUUCCGCUGUGUGGCCGAUCCGUAUUGCGGCUGGGACAAGGACGCGAGCACCUGCAAGCCAUACCAGCUGGGACUGCUGCAGGAUGUUGCCAAUGAGACUUCCGGUAUUUGUGACACGAGCGUUUUGAAAAAACGCAUCACCGCCUCGUACGGCCAGACACUGCAUCUGUCGUGUUUCGUCAAAAUCCCUGAGGUGCUGCGGCAGAAGUCGGUGCGUUGGUAUCACCAUUCAACGGAGCGAGGACGCUAUGAAAUAAUUUACAGUCCCGCAAAGUACAUUGAAACCUCAGAGGGUGGUUUGGUGAUUAUAUCGGUGAAUGAAGGCGAUGGCGGACGAUAUGACAGUUACCUGGAUGGUACGCUGCUGUGCAGUUAUAGCGUCAAUGUCGAUGCGCACAGAUGUACGCCGCCUUCGAAGAAAAACGAUUACCAGAAAAUUUACUCGCAUUGGUGUAAUGAAUUCGAGAAAUACAAGUCGGCCAUGAAGCAAUGGCAGGCCAAGCAGGAGCAAUGCAAUUUGAAGGAGAAGGCGAAUGGAAAGCAUAUAAAUGAAGUCUAUAGUAAUGAUGCUGUGGUCUGACCGCCAGGUAGCGCGAACAACCACUAAAGACUGACUUUUUAAGCUUUUGAGAGACAAUAUUUUCGUAAUUUAAAAAAUUUUAAUUUGCUACAAAUUCUUGUAACUAAAAAGUUCUACAAAAAAAAAUAUAUCAAACUUCAUAUAAUUAAAGAAAAAAUAUGAAAAUUGUACAGUAUCAAAAAACGAUAAAAAAGAACACUCACAUGGUUAAAAAUAAAGCAUCCAAAUAGAAAAUGAGCAGAAGACAAGAAAAACCAACAAAAUGUCUGAGAACUCGGAAGAGAUCCACAAGCCUGGAGAGCAGCACCAACAUUUCGCGAUAACGCAGAAUAAACUUUUUAACUAUAUAGAGGACAUGAAGCACCAUUAUGCACAUGGAGCCAGUACACACAUACAAACACAAAGUUACACAUGUACGUACACAUAAGGAAGCUUGCGUCGAUGAGGACGACAACAGAAAAGUUACUAACAAAGAGAUCCUGCCAGAAAAAAAAAACAAAACAAAAACAUAAACAGAAAUAAGCAACAAAUAAACACAUAAAAAGAAGAAUGCAACAACCGAAGGUUUUAAUGCAAACGAGCAAGCAAAAGCGACGGAGAAAUAUGAAAUAAUGAAAAAAGAAAACAAAAUAUAUUAAUAGAGAAUUAAAGAGCACAUAGAGUAACCAAGAGAAACCGAAAUGUAAUGUGAACGACUUAACAAUACAUAUACAACAGCAUUUAUAUAUACAUAUAUACAAUAAAAAACACACAUACAUACACUCAAAUAUAUACAUUUCCAUACACACAAAUAACAUUUGCCUGCCUGCCUGAAAGUAUGCUAAGUGACAGUGGAAUGUUUCUGAAAAUAAAACCAUCAAAAACCACCUAACAAAAAUACUCAAAUCUAUCACUUAAUACCACACAAUUUAAGAACAAGAGAACAAUUGCAAAAAUUUUAGAUUUUAAUAAAAUUUGUCAUAGAAAAAAUAAUACUUUAAAAAGCUAGCGCUAGUCAAACGCGCAUGCAUAAUUUUAGGCGAACAAAAACUUAAAUUUGUAAAUUACUUACAUUUAGGAGAUUUAGAAUUUGUAACUGUUUCAUAUAAGCAAGACGUAUGAGAAGGAACCCUGAGUGUACAUACAUACAUAUGUAUUCACUGUAUGUAUGCUAGGAAGUUCUAGAAUUAAUAUAAAAUAGUAGAAAGUAAAUUAAAAAUAAAAUGCUAGAGUAGAGAUGCGCCGAACAAAAAAAAAAAAGGAAAACAAAAUCGUGCAAAACUCUUGGUAACGGCAACUUGGUGAUAGACUUAAGAAAUGCUUAUCUACUUAUUAGACAUAUGGAAAGAGCUGUUAGUGGAGUGAAUAUCUGUAUGGAGUAGACAGUUUUUUUUUUAGCGAUUUUAGGGCGUAAGUGAUUUUUUUUUUAUUAUUAUUAUAUUAUAUACAAUAUUCUUUGUGAAAUGUAAAUAGGUAUUCAGUUUAGUUUUGAAGUUUUGCUAUAGUUUUAUUCAAUACAUAUGUCAGAAAGCCUGCCUAUACAUACAUACAUAGAUAUACACAUUGAAAUCAGAUGUGGAUUUGCCAGUUUUUAAUGCUUCAAAUAAUCUAUAUGUAUGUAUUUGUAAGUAUGCUUAUUAAUAGCCAUGUUUAACGUUAAACCAAUGUAAAUUUUUGUAAUAUAUGAAUAAAGUAAAAAAAGAACAAAAACAAAAACAAAAAAAAAACCUAGCAUAUUAUAUAAUUGUUUAUAUUCGCUUGUGUUAUACGCAUUUUACGCAAAACAAACGCGCUUGAAAGUAUUGAGACUUUUAUAUAGAAAACAGGUGAGUGCUGAGGAGAUUGGGCUUAUGAUUUCAUAUAAGUUUUUAGUUUUGAUAUCACUUUUUAAGUGGGAAUUUCCUGUCAAACUCACAAUUCCUGGACGUUAUUAUUGCAUUAAAAAAUUUUCGUCACUAGGGUUGCACAAAUCUUUAGAGCUAUUUCAAUUUGUAUUAAAAAAUUAUUCUCAAUGUACGCGAAAGCUCUCUGAAGUAAGCUCCGUCUUAAGCGGUAUGCAUACUUUCAACUCAUAGGCCAUUCACACUUUUUCCAAAUCGUGCACAAGUGGUAAGCAACCAGGAAUAAAAUAUAGCUUCGAAAGCAUACCCGUAAAGGGUAAGUAAUAAGAGGUUACGUACAGUGCUCGUCUUUACUAAAUAAAGAGAAAAUGGUAACAAGUUUCACAGGCGCUUUGGGUAGUCAACUUUCAGCAAGAUUCAAACCCUGGUGUACUUUGUAUUGAAUCAUUGCCUCUUUUAUUCACAAAAAUUUAAAAAUUUGGUCUCAGAUUUUUAGACCACAGUCAUUGAAAAUUUGAGCAAUAUCAGAGAAAGUGUUAACAGGAAUUAAAAGCUGCAUCUUGGUUAAGAGAUCCAUGGUGCCCCACUGGGUCCAAUGAGGGCGGCCCGUUGUGCUCGCCUCGAUUUUAAGGGCCAUCUCUUCCAUUUAUUCAUUCUGUUAAGGACUUAUUGUUAUUAAUUGUUUUGUCACAUAAACCCCUAAUUUAUUCAUAUUCCAGAUUUUCCCUACUGAUCUGCGCCUUCACUCAGAAAUUCUCGAUAAAAGCCUCAAAACUUUUAUACAAAUAUAUGUAACAUAAUCUUAAUAAUGGCGCUUUGUUUUCCUAAUGUUCAUGAAAAGCAAUAAUAAUUGAUCGGAUAAUAUAUAUAUAUAUAUAUAGUAACAAAUACAGCAACAAGAACAACAAUGAGAAAUCAAUGUGAAUUUUACCUGCUAAUAGUGAGAUAUAUAUAGUUAUAUACCUAAAAAAAAAAAAUUUAAUAAAAAAGUAUAAAGAUUUAAGCGAAAGUAAAUUACUUACUUAAUUUAAGUAAAACAUUAAUAUUUUAAUUAGUAUAAUACACAAAAUAACUUAAAAAAAUAUGUAUUGUAAAGUAGUAAGGGGCAGAAUAAGAAUUCAACUGGAAUAUGAAUUCCCGAUUUGACUUCUGUAAUUUUUCAAUAACAAAGAAGAGUUCGCAGUUUGGUUAUGAGUGUGACGCCAAAUGAUUGCUGGGCUCAUACUGAAAGUUGUCUACAUAUAUUAAUUUUGAGCUUCAUCACUGAAAAUUGGGGAACAAAUAGAGAUUUUAAAAUUCCUUUGACCAUCACUUUUCGAUGUUGAUCAUGUUAGCAUGUGAAUCAGUUUUAUAAGUUCAAAAAAA